CUUCCAUUCAACACAAGAAUCCCUGACACAUGUGAUAUCUUUUGGGAGAUAAUGACUAUAUAAAUAACCUGACUGAUAUAAACAAAGUUAUUGGUCCAUUAACUUAGUGGAAGCACUACUGAAGACCCGAUCGACUAAGCACUAUCUUAUUCUCCACCAACCAUGUCCACGGUACACGUGCUGGUGCUCCUGCUGGUCACACUGACCUCUGUGGAUGCUUUGUCUCAUGGAUGCCUGGACCUCAAAUACGAACGCCCAUCGACCAUCAAAGGAAUCAAGUAAGUCGUUUGAAAUUUAGCGAGAUGAAUUUUGAUUUGAUUUCUAUUCUACGUGGGUAUUUAUUUAAUUGAGAAUAUCGUAUUUAGCAUGUAGACACGGGCAUCAUGAAGACUGUUUAACAAAACAACUGGUCGCUAAAAAAAAUGCAACUACAUUUGUAAUGACAUUCUUGUGUCAAAUUUGGGGCCAAGCCCAAUAGCCAUGAUUGAAAUACUCAACUAACCAUGAUGGAAGGAAUCAUCUAACCAUGAUUGAAAGACUCAUCUAACCAUGAUUGAAAGACUCAUCUAACCAUGAUUUAAAGACUCAUCUAACCAUUAUUGAAAGACUCAUCUAACACUGAUUGAAAGACUCAUCUAACAAUGAUUGAAAGACUCAUCGAACAAUGGUUGAAAGACUCAUCUAACCAUGACGGAAGGACUCAUCUAACCAUGAUUGAAAGACUCAUCUAACCAUGAUUGAAAGACUCAUCUAACCCUGAUGGAAGGACUCAUCUAACCAUUUUUGAAAGACUCAUCUAACCAUGAUUGAAAGACUCAUCGAACCAUGAUUGAAAGACUCAUCUAACCAUGAUGGAAGGACUCAUCUAACCAUGAUUGAAAGACUCAUUGAACCAUGAUUGAAAGACUCAUCUAACCAUGAUUGAAAGACUCAUCGAACCAUGAUUGAAAGACUCAUCGAACCAUGAUUGAAAGACUCAAGAUCCAUCUUUACACGUAGAAGUGUUAAAUAUAAUCUAAGCCUUCAACUUCAUUUAUAUAUAUAGCUUAGGCCACUAUACGGGACCACCCACGAUACAGCCACCCACGCCACAGCCACCCACGCCACGGCCACCCACGCCACGGCCACCCACGCCACGGCCACCCACGCCACGGCCACCCACGCCACGGCCACCCACGCCACGGCCACCCACGCCACGGCCACCCACGCCACGGCCACCCACGCCACAGCCACCCACGCCACAGCCACCCACGCCACGGACUAUGUUUGAACUAAUAGUUAUAAAGAUAAAUCUCAUAUCAGGAAAACAAUUCACACUCGCCUUUUUCACAAUAUUUUUCUUGAUAAUGAAGCGUAUGUGUGCCAAGUGUGGUCAAGAUUAAUCAAUCCACGUAUGAGAAACUAGCAGAAAAAAACACCACCAAUUUUCUUUUCAUAUAUAUAUAUAUAUGUACCAGCUGACAUACCCGACGUUUCCCGGGCAAACAUUCUGCACAAUUCUCUAAAGCGACAUCAUCUAAAAUUAAUAAUAUCCAUGUAAAACAAAAACCUCAUGACUAAAAAUGCGAACACAAAUAUUAAUUUACUAUAAAAUGUAAUAUUUAUCAUAAAUUUUGUAAACAUUUUUGGGCUCGGUACAUUUCAUUUAAUAUCCAUGCUUUGCCUUGUCAAAAAAUGAUUCUAAGACUAAUCUAGCUUUAAAGAAUUGUUACAUUAAAAAAAAAAAUCACUAAAGAUAUAUUCGUUUAUCACUUACAAAUGAAAUAGGAUCCCAGCGGGAUACCGCGGCCUGGUGGGAUACCAAUUCCCAGUGUAUCCUGUUCCCCCGAUGUGAUACCAUUCGCCCUUUGGACCCCAUUCCUUGUUGGCAUUCACUUUCUUCGGUGCGAUCCCGUUUCCUGUUGGGCUUCCAUUCCAUUGUGGGAUCGCAUUCCUCUUUGGAUAACUAUUCAGUAUUUCAUUCUGAGCAAUAAAGGAUAAGUUUGGUUAAAUCCCUUCAUCCAUGUAGGAACUUAUUCUGAAGAAACAGUCAACUACACACACUGUAGUAUCUACAAAACACUUGGACCAGACUUCGUAGUCUUAUUGUUUCCAUUGGAUGGGCAUCAAUGUCUCCACGCCGCUAACGGGUGCCAGAUAAAAGAUAUUUAUAUAGAUAAUUUAUAAAUAAUUUUGACAACGAUUUUUGCCAUAAUUCAUCUUACAACUGUACCAUUGAAUUAUUUGACUGUUGAUCCUCUCACACAACUGUACCAUUGAAUUAUUUGACUGUUGAUCCUCUCACACAACUGUACCAUUGAAUUAUUUGACUGUUGAUCCUCUCACACAACUGUACCAUUGAAUUAUUUGACUGUUGAUCCUCUCACACAACUGGAACCAUUGAAUUAUUUGACUGUUGAUCCUCCUCUCACAGGACAUAUCCCCGCCCAUGGGAGUAUCCGGAAGUGUUGGCAUCCCUCCCACCACAGUGGGAUUGGAGAAAUGUUAGCGGUGUUAACUAUGUCAGUACUACAAGAAAUCAACACAUACCCCAGUGUAAGUAGACGCACCAAAGUGUAAGUAGACGCACCAAAGUGUAAGUAGACGCACCAAAGUGUAAGUAGACGCACCAUAGUGUAAGUAGAAGUUUUGUCAAGUAAGUUUAAUAAAUGGGAAGUUCACGAAAGCCGGCCGCCAUUGCUUGUAUCUAAUGGUUGAAUAAAUCUGAGGUGUAAAAUGACAUUGGAAUUGAUUAGAAUAGAACUAGAGUUCUAUAGUUCUGGAAUAGAGCUAUAGUUCUGGGACGUCGAUGGGAAACAAAUUUAGGUAAACCAAUGUCUACUAGACAUACCCCAGACAUACCGAGAUAUACACCAGACAUACCCCGACAAACUCCAUACAUACCCCAGACAUACCCCGACAAACUCCAUACAUACCCCAGACAUACUCCAGACAUACCCCAGACAUACCCCAGACAUACCCCAGACAUACCCCAGCAUUGUAUUGUAUUGAAUACUUAUUAUAGCGCUUGUAUCCAUGCUAUUUUAGCAUGCUCACAGCGCUCUGAUGUUCUUAAAUCUGUUUUUUAAAUUUUUAAAUUGUUUCUUAAAGGAAUUUUUAUUCAUUUUCAAUUCCCCUCAAAGAUAGAGGCAAACUGUUCCUUAAUUUUGGCGCUAUCGCUUCUAACGAGCGCACUCCGUAAGACUUUUUCCUGUGUCCAUCCACACUGGAAAACCCAGAGUAAGGACUGUGUUGAAGACCCGAGGUUCUUUAAGGAUACAUGUUUAUCAAUCAGUUCUUUAAGAUAUUCCGGUGCAGAGCCUUCUAUACAGAAUGUUGUGGUCAGUGCGCUCACUGACAGGAAGCCAAUGGAGAUCUGUAAGGACCGGGUUGAUGUGGUCAGAUUUCUUUCUCCGCCAUGCCAGGCGUGCUGCAGUAGUUUGACAUAUCCAACGUUAAGUUAGCGUACCCCUACUUUAGGUCGACAUAAACCAGGUCAAUGAUACUGUCUCGAGUGUACAUGCAACAUACAACAAUGGGGUCAGUUGGCUUUGUUGGUCUAAGUCUAGUUAACCAGUAUAAAUGACAAAACAACAAAAUUACUAUUCUCAAGUAUUCUCUAUCUUACAUAAUCUCUGCAUCUAGUCUAUAUCUUACAUAAUCACAACCAUCAAGUCUCUAUCUUACAUAAUCACAACCAUCAAGUCUAUAUCUUACAUAAUCACAACCAUCUAGUCUCUACCUUACAUCAUUACAACCAUCAAGUCUCUAUCGUACAUAAUCAAAACCAGUCUGUCUUUAUCUUACAUAAUCACAACCAUCUAGUCUCUAAUCUUACAUAAUCACGAGCCAACUAUGUUUUUAUAUCUAUAAUCAUAAACUGUCUUUCAUCAUCAAGAACAAUAACCGAGCUUCUAUGAACUAUUUUAUGGCAUCAAGAGCCAUGAACUAUCUAAUAUUAUCAAAAGCUGUCGCCUAGCCAUUGUCGUCAUGAGGCAUAAAAUAUCUUGUAUCAUCAAAAACUAUCAAGUAUCUUGUGUCCUUCAGACUGUGGCUCCUGUUGGUGUAUGGCUGCCACUAGCGCCCUGGCUGAUAGGCUCAACAUCGCCCGUAAAGCUGUUUGGCCCUCAGCUUAUUUAUCAGCCCAGGUAAUUAUGGAAAGUAUUAUUGACACAACCAGAGCGUUGACUGCAAGGAACAAAGAGUGUAGGGGUCCAGGGGCGUAGGGUCAGGGUGUAGGGGUCCAGGGGCGUAGGGUCAGGGUGGAGGGGACCAAGGGGCGUGGUCAGGGUGGAAGGGUCCAGGGUGGAUAGGUCCAGGGGGGAGUGGUCAGGGCGGUAGGGUCCAGGGUGGAUGGGUCCAGGGCGAGUGGUCAGGGUGGAAGGGUCCAGGGUGAAUGGGUUCAUGGGGAGUGUGGGUCAGGGUGGAGGGGGCAAAGGGGAGUGGUCGGGGUGGAAGGGUCCAGGGUGGAUAGGUCCAGGGGGGAGUGGUCAGGGCGGUAGGGUCCAGGGUGGAUGGGUCCAGGGCGAGUGGUCAGGGUGGAAGGGUCCAGGGUGAAUGGGUUCAUGGGGAGUGGUCAGGGUGGAAGGGUCAGGGUGGAGGGGUCAGGGUGGAAGGGUCCAUGGUGGAUGGGUCCAAGGAGGAGUGGUCAAGGUGGAGGGGUCCAGGGGGGAGUGGUCAGGGUGGAAGGUUCUAGAGUGGAUGGGUCCAGGAUGGAUGGUUCAGGGUGGAUGGGUGUAGGUGGGAGUGGUCAGGGUGGAAGAGUCCAGGGUGGAUGGGUCCAGGGGGGGGGGAGGGGAUGGUCAAUUAGGGUUUUCGUCUUAUUGCCAAGACAUGGAUUCUUACUAAAAUAUGAUUUGCCUCAUCUAGCACGUGAUAGACUGUGGAAAUGCCGGAAGUUGUGAAGGUGGCUCUGAUGAUGCAGUUUGGGAAUACGCCCACACACAUGGCAUCCCUGAUGAAACAUGCAACAACUACCAGGCUAAAGAUCAAGGUCAGUGUAUGCUUUAGAUCAAGGUCAAUGUUUGGUAAAGAUCAAGGUCAGUGUAAGCUCAAGAUCAAUGUCAGUGCAUGCUAAAGGUCAACGUCAGUGCAUGCUAAAGGUCAAGGUCACUGCAUGCUUUUAUCCCAAAUACUUGUCUAAAGGAGCUUAGGUAAUCUAUAAAUGCCUUCCAUUCAUCUCAGAUCUGUGCUUGCCAUGUAGUUGCCUUCAGCUCUAUCCGAUCUGUGUGUCUGCCUCUUGCUUUGUGUGUCUGGCUCUUGCUUUGUGUGUCUGGCUCUUGCUUUGUGUGUCUGGCUCUUGAUUUGUGUGUCUGGCUCUUACUUUGUGCGUCUGGCUCUUGCUUUGUGCGUCUGGCUCUUGAUUUGCGUGUCUGGCUCUUACUUUGUGUGUCUGGCUCUUGCUUUGUGUGUCUGGCUCUUGAUUUGUGUGUCUGGCGCUUGUUUUGUGUGUCUGGCUCAUGCUUUUGUGUCUGCCUGCUGCUUUGUGUGUCUGGCUCUUGCUUUGUGUGUCUACCUGUUGCUUUGUGUGUCUUCCUCAUGCUUUUGCCCGUUUUCUUUAGUUUUCUUCCCUACCCCGCCCUUUUCAGUGUAUUCCAUUAUGAGUGUAUGAGUGUAUGAGUGUAUGGUCAUGUUUCCUGUGAGCUACCUCCAUCUCUUCUUGUCAUGUGUUCUGCAGAUCUCAAUAUUCUGCAUGAUUCUCCAUCUUAUUCUCCAAGCUCGGCCAUAUAUUUAUAUAUGUACAUAUAGUAGGACUGAUUUGAGAUUUGUCUUGAAAAAUUCUUACUUUUGUUGGCAGAUUCAGUUCCUUUAAUUCCUGGUGCAUUCUGACCUAGCCUUUUCAAGACUAGCCUUAACUUUAGCCUGAACUCCACCACUUCUACCUUCAUGUACCACUCUGCAUGUCAUCUGAGAGUCUACCUUCAUGUACUAAUCUGCAUGUCAUCUGUGAGUCUACCUUCAUGUACUACUCUGCAUGUUAUCUGUGAGUUUCCCUUCAUGUACUACUCUGCAUGUCAUCUGUGAGUCUACCUUCAUGUACUACUCUGCAUGUCACCUGCAAGUUUCCCUUCAUGUACUACUCUGCAUGUCACCUGUGAGUCUACCUUCAUUUACUACUCUGCAUGUCAUCUGUGAGUCUACCUUCAUGUACUACUCUGCAUGACACCUGUGAGUCUACCUUCAUGUACUACUCUGCAUGUCACCUGUGAGUUUCCCUCCAGGUACUACUCUUCAUUUCAUCUGUGAGUCUACCUUCAUGUACUAAAUAAUCAUUUUAAUUUUUAAAUUAAUUGUUCAACCGUCCAUUUAAAGAUUGUACAGACUUCAAUCAAUGUGGAACUUGUACAACAUUUGGUCAGUGUCAGAAACUAAGUACUUACAGGUGGGUGUAACAGCUACAGUAAAUACAGGUGUGUACGAUAGACUCAGUAAUUACAGAUGUCUACGAUAGACUCAGUAAUUACAGGAGUGUACAAUAGACUCAGUAAAUACAGAUGUGUACAAUAGACUGUAAAUACAGGUGUUUACGAUAGACUCUGUAAAUGCAGGUGUGUACGAUAGACUCAGUAAAUACAGGUGUGUACGAUAGACUCAGUAAAUACAGGUGUGUACGAUAGACUUUGUAAAUACAGGUGUGUACGGUAGACUCAGUAUAUGUCAUAUGUCAUGCAGUUUGACUGAAGUCAAGAUUGACUUUUUGUAAAUGAGUUUUGUCCUCAACAGAUUAACAAAAGUUGGAGAUUAUGGCAGUGUGAAGGGGAGGGCUAACAUCAUGGCGGAGGUUUAUAAGAAUGGUCCAGUCAGGUAAGACAUGGUCAAGUAUAUAAGAAUGGUCCAGUCAGGUAAGACAUGGUCAAGUAUAUAAGAAUGGUCCAGUCAGGUAAGACAUGGUCAAGUAUAUAAGAAUGGUCCAGUCAGGUAAGACAGGGUUAAGUAUAUAAGAAUGGUCCAGUCAGGUAAGACAUGGUCAAGUAUAUAAGAAUGGUCCAGUCAGGUAAGACAGGGUUAAGUAUAUAAGAAUGGUCCAGUCAGGUAAGACAUGGUCAAGUAUAUAAGAAUGGUCCAGUCAGGUAAGACAUGUUUAGGUACAUAAGACUGGGCCAAUAAUUUUCUCUGACAAGCUGAGAUUAUACACCGUAUAUUUAAAAAAAAUCAAAUCAGUUGAGUUUCUAUGGGUGAACAAAUGGGACCCAGUUUUGGUUUCACAUUGAGCACUCGAGUGCCCCGGGAAGGCAUGUCAACAAUUCAUUUUGUUUCUCACAAAAAUGUCGGGCUGACAUGAUAUUUUAUGAGGCCACAGUAACCAAUGGCCGGAGCAAAGAAAGGACUUUUGGCCGGGGAGGGGGGGGGCAAUUUUGGGGGGCUGCGUUUUCGGUCCACUUUUAAUACUAUAAAUAUCUAUUUGAAUCUUUAUAAGCUCUCUUCACAUGGUAAAUAUUUGAAUGGGGUUGGCGUUGUGUUUCUCCUAUUGCUUGAUAUCAUUAAACAAUCAUUUCGGAAACCAUUUUGUAAUUUCAAAACCGUUUAUCCGAUUAAAACCCGAUUUUCAAGACAGAGUUUUUAAAAACUUCCUUAAUUUCAUUACAAUCUUAGCCAGGUCUAGCACUGCUCAUAGUCAGGGCAAGCACUGCUCAUAGUCAUUGCUGGCACUGCUCAAAGUCCAAUCAUGACACAAACAUAAUUUUGACUUCAAUCUCAAACACCUUGGCACUGUCAGUAAAAACCUUGGCACUGUCAGUAAAUACAUUGGCACUGUCAGUAAAAACCUUGGCACUGUCAGUAUAUACAUUGGCACUGUCAGUAAAUACAUUGGCACUGUCAGUAAAUACCUUGGCACUGUCAGUAAAAAUCUUGGUAAUGUCAGAAAAAAUCUUGGCACUGUCAGUAAAAACCUUGGCACUGUCAGUAAAAACCUUGGCACUGUCAAUGAAAACAUUGCAACUGUCAAGCAACAGCUUGGCACCGCCACUAUGAAAAAAAGCCUAACAUUUAUUCCACUAAACAUUAGGUCUAUUAAUCUUAGUACCUUACUGUCACUAUACAAUGUGUGGUACACUAUAUUAACUAUGUACAAUGACAUGUUGUCUAUUAAUCUUGGUACCUUACUGUCACUAUACAAUGUGUAGUACACUAUAUUAACUAUGUACAAUGACAUGUUGUCUAUUAAUCUUGGUACCUUACUGUCACUAUACAAUGUGUGGUACACUAUAUUAACUAUGUACAAUGACAUGUUGUCUAUUAUAUUAAUCGUGGUACCUUACUGUCACUAUACAAUGUGUGGUACACUAUAUUAACUAUGUACAAUGACAUGUUGUCAACAGCUGUGGUAUUGAAGCUACAGAUGGACUUGAGAAGUACACGGGAGGAAUCUACCAGGAGCACAAAGUUUUACCCAUGGUAAUUGAGAGUUGCUGUUUUUGGCAUGUUGUAGAUAUAAGAAUAUACAUUCUAACGACCUUAACCCUAGGGGGUGGUCCAUAAAGUAUACAUUCUAACGACCUUAAUCCUAGGGGGUGGUCCAUAAAGUAUACAUUCUAACGACCUUGACCCUAGGGGGUGGUCCAUAAAGUAUACAUUCUAACGACCUUCCCCCAGGGGGUGGUCCAUAAAGUAUACAUUCUAACGACCUUGAUCCUUGGGGGUGGUCCAUAAAGUAUAUAACACUAUUUUUGACAAUAAUACCUCACCUAAUCACAACCUGCCACAAAUCUCGGACCGACCCCCCCCCCCCCCCCCCCCCCCCCCCCCCCCCCUGUAAAUUGGAAGGACACGCCCCUUUCGAACUGAAAAUUAAAACUCAUUAUAAUGUGGAUCAAUUAAAUAAAUAGACACCAAUAUUUGUAUUAACUAUAUUUUAAAAUAUUAAUGAAGUUGUUUUCUAAUACUUCAAAAAAAAAAAAAAACCACACAUGAUUAUGAUGUGAUGUAGAUGAAAAUAGAGUUUAAGUAUGGUCAGGAAAAACACGUACAUCUCUACUAGCCUAACAUCUAUUGUUGCACUCCGAUUGAGCGUAGAAUGACAAAGAUGUUCGUUUAUUUUACUUUUGUAUACAUUGUGGUAUUAUCUAGAGAUAGAUUCCGGGGGUGAAACUGACGCCACUAGCCUUCCUCCCAUGGGUGCAAAACCCGGACAAAAAAUUAACUUAUGUUGGGCGAAGAUUUGUGGGGGGGGGGGGGGGAAGGUAAAGGUUUCCCNCCCUGUUCUCAAGUAUGCAUAAUUGGGGCGCUGAUAGAUACAAUCUCCAGCCAAAAUUCUGAAAUCCUCCCCCGCCCCCCCCCCCUCACACACACACACUCAACGUCCGGAAGUAUUUUUUUUUUCUUUUCUGAAAGAAAUAAUGACCACAAAUCAUGUGUUACAUAAGAAUGUAGUUUAGAAAUGUAGUGUAGAAAUGUAGUAUGGAAAUGUAAUAAGUAACUGACUUGAUGCUGGUACUAACAGGUAAUGAACUAAAAAGUAAUGAGCUAAAAGCUAGUAAACUAAAAGGUAGUGAAAUUAAAAGGUAGUGAACUAAAAGCUGGUGAAGUAAAGGCUAGUGAACUAAAAGUUAGUGAACUAAAAGUUAGUAAACUGAAAUGUAGUGAACUAAAAGCUAGUGAACUAAAAGCUAGUGAACUAAAAGCUAGUGAACUAAAAGCUAGUGAACUAAAAGCUAGUGAACUAAAAGCUAGUGAACUAAAAGCUAUUGAACUCAAAGUUAGUAGACUGAAAUGUAGUGAACUAAAAGCUAGUAAACUGAAAUGUAGUGAACUAAAAGCUAGUGAACUAAAAGCUAGUGAAGUCAAAGUUAGUAAACUGAAAUGUAGUGAACUAAAAAGUAGUGAACUAAAAGCUAGUGAACUAAAAGUUAGUGAACUGAAAGGUAGUGAACUAAAAGCUAGUGAACUAAAAGUUAGUGAACUAAAAGGUAGUGAAGUAAAAGCUAGUGAACUAAAAAUUAGUAAACUGAAAUGUAGUGAACUAAAAGGUAGUGAACUAAAAGCUAGUGAACUAAAAGUUAGUGAACUGAAAGGUAGUGAACUAAAAGCUAGUGAACUAAAAAUUAGUAAACUGAAAUGUAGUGAACUAAAAGCUCUUGAACUAAAAAUUAGUGAACUGAAAUGUAGUGAACUAAAAGCUAGUGAACUAAAAGCUAGUGAACUGAAAGUUAGUGAACUGAAAGGUAGUGAGUCAUAAUUAAAACAAGUGUUCAACCUCAAUUCCUUUUUUUGUGUUAAAUCAGGAGAACCACGUGGUCAGUAUCGCUGGAUGGGGAGUUGCCAAUGGAAUCGAAUACUGGAUAGUGCGCAAUUCUUGGGGAGAGCCCUGGGUGAGUAGUUACAAUUUUAUUCUCCUGGUGUGUAAUGCUACAGGAAUUUAAAAUUGGUGUGUAUUGCUAAAAUUGUAUUGUAUUUGUGUGUGGUGCUACAAUAAAAUUGUAUUGGUAUGUGGUCAUGGGCGCCCGCAAGGGGGGGGGGGCACUGGCCCCCCCUCCCCACCUGGAUUGAUUGGAUAAAAAAAAUUUAGACAAAAAUAGACAAAAAAUUUAUUAAAAUAAAGAGAAAAUAAAGAGAAAGUAACUAAGCUGAUGUCCUGUCCGUUCGUUCACCAUACAAAUACGCUACAGUAAAUUAAAACUAUAUUAAAACAUUACUAAAAAAAAUUUGCCCCCCCCCCCUGGAAAGUUAAUCGAUUUUUUUUGCUCCCCCCUUGAAAGUUUUCUGCGGGCGCCCAUGUACGUGGUGCUACAAUAAUAUUGUAUUGGUAUGUGGUGCUACAAUAAUAUUUUAUUGGUAUGUGGUGCUACAAUAAUAUUGUAUUAGUAUGUGGUGCUACAAUAAUAUUGUAUUGGUAUGUGGUGCUACAAUAAUAUUGUAUUGGUAUGUGGUGCUACAAUAAUAUUGUAUUGGUAUGUGGUGCUACAAUAAUAUUGUAUUGGUAUGUGGUGCUACAAUAAUAUUGUAUUGGUAUGUGGUGCUACAAUAAUAUUGUAUUGGUAUGUGGUGCUACAAUAAUAUUGUAUUGGUAUGUGGUGCUACAAUAAUAUUGUAUUGGUAUGUGGUGCUACAAUAAUAUUGUAUUGGUAUGUGGUGCUACCAUAAUAUUGUAUUGGUAUGUGGUGCUACAAUAAUAUUGUAUUGGUAUGUGGUGCUACAAUAAUAUUGUAUUGGUAUGUGGUGCUACAAUAAUAUUGUAUUGGUAUGUGGUGCUACAAUAAUAUUAUAUUUGUAUGUGGUGCUACAAUAAUAUUGUAUUGUUAUGUGAUGCUAAAAGAAUAUUAUGCAGGUUUUGAGGCUAAAAUGGGCGAUAAAUAUUAAGGAAUUCAAAUUAUUUAUUACAGAUGUAAAUCUAUUAGGAAUGGCAAUAAAUGAGAUUGUAUUUGACGGAGUGUUGAAUUGAUCAUUGAUCCCCCCGCAUACACUUAACCUACAAUGGUAGAACGAUGGAAUUUUACUCACAGUAAUCUCAUAAUUACACCAGUGGUUCUUAACCUUCCUAAUGCCGCGACCCUUUAACAUGAGAUCGUUAUAAGAAAUAGUGUACAACUAGUCAACGAAUUGUGGACUAAAGAACUGGAAAACAUAUUACAAUAUCAGGUGUGAAAAGUUUAGCAUACAUUUUUGGACUUUAAAAAUAAAUCAAAUUUUUUUUUUAAAUUAUCAAAGUUGUCUUUUUUUAAUCUUUUAAAAUUUUUAUUUAUGCACCCCCCCCCUUCCCAUGUCGGGUGAAGUCCAAAACCUUAGCAUGUGUGGUGAAUGCAGCGCUGCUUAUAGCUUAAGAAAACCAUUUUAUUUGCUCUGGCUGUAACGCGUUGUUGGAUUAAGGCCUUUGGGUCAUGGGCACAACCGAAUUUGAGAUCAUAGUUAUCUGUGCGUCUACAGUAGGUUAAGAUGGGUCCAUAGGUAAGCACGGGACGGAGACCCUUGAGUCUUGGGCCCAAAGAUUAAACGUAGCCAACAAUGACAAUCAAAAGAGAGAAUCAAAACAGCACACUGUCCAAAGAAAGCGAAAGGCAAGGGAAAUCAAAAUGGCCGCCAAUCCUUACAGGACUGGUGUACUCACCGUCGACUAUAGCCUUGGUCAUCUUAUGGACACAACAGGACUGGUGUACUCACCGUCGAAUAUAGCCUUGGUCAUCUUAUGGACACAACAGGACUGGUGUACUCACCGUCGACUAUAGCCUUGGUCAUCUUAUGGACACAACAGGACUGGUGUACUCACCGUCGACUAUAGCCUUGGUCAUCUUAAGGACACAACAGGACUGGUGUACUCACCGUCGACUAUAGCCUUGGUCAUCUUAUGGACACAACAUGACUGGUGUACUCACCGUCGACUAUAGCCUUGGUCAUCUUAAGGACACAACAGGACUGGUGUACUCACCGUCGACUAUAGCCUUGGUCAUCUUAUGGACACAACAGGACUGGUGUACUCACCGUCGACUAUAGCCUUAGUCAUCUUACGGACACAAAAGGACGGAUGUACUCACCUUCGACUAUAGCCAACAACAACACACACACACAUCAUAUACACACCAUACAUAUUAACCCUACACUUUACCAUUCUUAACAAAACACCCUUAAUAACACACUCAAGAUAACACUUACCUUCCACAUUCAACAUACACAAAAACAUACACUCAACAGAUACAAUAACCAUACACUUUUAACUGAUACAAUCACAUCCACAAUAAACAUAUUACACACCAUACACUCUCAACAGACACACUCAAACUCAACAGACACUUAAUAUACACACGCAACAUACAUACUUUACUUACGAAAUUAAAUGACACACUCAGCAGACACACUCAGCAGACACACUCAGCAGACACACUCAGCAGACACAGUCUCCCUACAAACAGUAUACGUAGACCCAUAUUAGAAUUAUUGCACACUUGUUCUGUUGUUCUAUUGCAGGGUGAGAGCGGGUUUUUCCGUAUUGUGACCAGCACUUUCAAGGGAGGCAAGGGAGAUGAGUACAACCUUGGCAUUGAAAAGAACUGUGCUUACGGUGACGUCAUCGUAUAAUAGUGCUCUACAAUAACAUAUCUGGCAGUUCAGAUCAAAUAAAUGAUGUAAAAAAAAUGUGUUCUGAUUUGAUUGAAUUAAAUACCUAGUGUGCAUUGGUUGAACUAAAUACCUAGUGUGCAUUGGUUGAAUUAAAUAC